GUUUAGACGCGGGCGCAGCACGCCGCGCGCGCAUCGCACGUCGACACGACAACACGCCCUCGCGAGUGAUGUCAUCAGAGUGACAGUGUUGUGGUAACAGACCUCCUGUCCUUUGAGCCUUUAUUUUGGUAAUCUAUGUCGAGCAAGACUAUCUUGAUCUUAGUUAAAUUAAUUUUGGAUCAGUAGUUUAGCUUUGAAGUAGUCUGAAUUAAAGACUUGAGACUGAAGGAUAUGAGUAAUGUUGACUAGAUGUGGUCUGAAAUCAGCGCUAAAAUUAUGGAUCUUUCUUUCGACUAGUGUUCUUUCGGACAUGGCUUAAACUUCACCAUAUCAAGUCAAGGCUCACAACUACUUGGAUUUGUCAGGACAUAAGAAGUCUGUUACUCGGUGCAGUGGUUGUGAAGUAUGGUAGCGAUGGUCGCUUCGGCCUCCGGGUACGGCACGCUCCGCCGCUUCCUCAGCGCUCCUGAAGGGCAGCACGACAUGGAGGCGGCCGUGGUGCCUACCACUGCUGUUGCUGUUUCGUCGAAACAGCGGGCGUCGAUCAAAUGGCUGUUGUCGAAGGCAUUCAACAACAGGGUCCCGGAGAACCUACAGGAACCCCUGUAUAGGGAUCACGAGGACCAGGAGCACCUGAAGCCUCCUAUAGUGGGCGGUCUCGCUAACGCGGAGCUGUACUGCCUGGCGCUAGCCAACAUGUAUUCAGAUCCGAACUACCACAGCCUCAACCACUGGAACAUCCUGCAGACGCUCGCCAGGAAGGGCGUCCUCGUGUCCGACCCGCCUGACUGCGCGCUCACAGAGACUGUGCUCAUCCAGACCAACCCCUUGAGAAUGAGUGCACACAUGGCGGUAAUAGAAGCACUGAUGGUUUUAUACGCGCGGGAGGUAGUCACUUUAGACCGAGUGUCGGCGGCGGCGCAGCGCUUCGGCACUAGUCAACAUUUAUCCACACCUAAUAAUGUCCCACACGAAGACGGCCUACUGUGUUGGAUCAAUGCUGCGUGUACGGCGCUUAAUAAGGCUGAGGAGGAUUCUUCAUCUCACGUGCCCAUGGUGACGAACCUGCAAGAACUGUGUGAUGGCACAGCCCUAGCCGCCCUUAUAUCCUUCUACUGCCCCGACGCGUUACCCAGAACCGCUGUACGAGUCGGCCGAAUGGCGUCCAUACAGGACUGCUUGCACAAUUUAAUGUUGGUCUAUGAUUUCUGUCGGAGCUGUCUACCGCACAACGUGUUUCAUAUGAUGCCCGAAGACGUCACGUAUAUGAGGGGAUCAAUGCGACAAAACUUAAUAGCAAUGCUAGCAGAUCUGUUCAACAUGCUAGAAGUGCACCCGGUCAAAGCGGUGAAACAUCCGGGAAGUGCGUGCGCGGACAGCAACCGGCACGGGGUGCGCCACAAGCGCAGCCUGCCGCCGCCGCCGCCCGCGCCCAUCCCCGACCUGCGCCCCGACCACGACUCGCCGAACUUACCUCCCUUCGCAGUGGGCCGCUGCAGCUCGACGCCGGAGCGGCGCGCCGCGAGCCCCGCGCGCGGCGAGUACGUGGUGCACCGCGGCCGCGCCGUCACCACGCUGGCCUCGCUCGCCAGGAGGGGGGGGGACGACGCGUCAUCAGACACGCCGCACGUGGCCGCGGGUCGACCAUCAAACUGGGCGGACAGUAGAGAUUCCUUCGCUGGAAGACGCUCUAGAAGAUCCUCUGUGUCGGACGAUAGCCAACUCACUGUGGAGAACUUUGGCGGGAGUCAGGAUAGACUCCAUUUCGCGGGGAGGAAUCCUGAGAAGGAGUUAGCUACCGUUGCCAAUGUUAGGAAGAUAUCCGCACCAGCUGGUCCACUAGACUACAACCCUCCUCUGCGCUCCUCCCGCCAAGACAUAAGGGGCUCCAUACAGUUCUUCCACGGAGACUUCCAAAACGGCCAAGACGACAGACAGAAAAUCGAAAGACAGCAUUCACAGCCUCAAACGGCCAAUGACAACGACCAGCCAUAUUAUCCAAUCAGAAGACAGCUCAGUAGCGACACUAUCACCUUAAAUCAGAACUAUGGCUUUAAUCACAAGGGUGGUGGGGAUGGGUUCUUCUUGAACGAUAGGGAUUCGACGGACGGCGACGGAACAAAAACUAGUUUCGCCGAUUUGAAUAAAAUCAGGAGUAAUGGUGAUCAAAAAGGUCUCCAAUCACAGUUUAGUCAAGAGGAGCCGCUGGAGAGGCGGAAAACCUCGUUUUCUACCCCGCCCCCUAACACGACCACGUGGCAACAACAGUUUAUGCAGCAAGAACAUCAUCCAAACGGCGAUGAUCUCUCAGACGACGUGACGACAUCACCUAGCGGCGGUCAGGCAAUGGCCGCUCAGCUAAACAACAUCAGACUGAAACUAGAGGAAAAGAGACGGCGGAUAGAGCAAGAGAAACGCAAGAUGGAGGUCGCUAUGAGUAAACAGAGACAACAGUUGGGGCAGCAGGCGUUCCUGCAGGCUGUCACGCGGGAUACAUAUUUGCAAUAUCAGCUGGCCUCUUUGGGCAAGGGCGCGCGCACGCCGGCCGACGACGACUGCCGCCAGGACCCACAGCAACAGGAUUUGGCGGAACCACCGACCCAAGCAGUGGACAAUGUUGCGUUAGAACAGUAUCAACAGUCUAUUGCCAAAAUGAACUCCAGCCUGCAGGACAUUCAGAGCGACAUCGCGCGCCUCGCCAGCCAACAGAGCCAGUUGCAACAACAACAGGCGCAACAACAACAACAACAGUUGCAGCAACAACAGCAGCAACUGCAACAGCAACAACAACAGUUGCAGCAACAGCAGCAGCAGGCGAAACAGCUGUUCCAGCAAGCGAUGCAGCCGCAGUCGCCCUUCCCACAGAAUUAUCAACCUAACAUUCCACAAUUACACAGCCAAUUCAGCUCACAACACAACGUCUCGCGGCCUCUCCUUAACGCGUUCGGCUCCACCCCCCACAUCCCCCCCACGCCGUACUACCAACAGUACGAGGAACAACCACAGCCGAACUACCAGUAUAGAGAUAUAGAGGAGUAUGGGAGGUUCUAUCUACAUGAUAGUCCCGCACCGCCACAGAGGAGGACAUGGGCACAGCACGCGCAAAUUCAACAGACGCAAGGGCAAGAGUUGAGGGGCUGGCAGCUGCACCAGCAGAACCAGCAAAACCACCAGCCGUUUCAGCAGGAGCCCCCUCCCCGCACGUGGAAGUCCCCCUCCCCGCAGCCGCCUCCCGAGCGGAACUGGAACCCCCAGGGCUUCGUGUUGCACGACAAGAGUAAUCAAAACCAAAACCACAGUCAGAACCAAAAUCAACCCUUCCAGGUGCACUACAACAGCGAAAGGUACCAGAACGGCACGGAGCGCGAGCCGCAGAACCACCUGAGCUACACUGUGGUCAGCAACCCCUACCCCGCCCCGCCCACCAGUCCCCGCCGCGCCGCUACCCCGCACAGACAAGGCUCCCUGCCCGAGGCGUCCCGGCGUCCGGAGCCGGUCAGCCUGCAGCAGCUGCACGCGCCCACGCAGAAGCCCCCCCCUCCCCCCGACGACAUGGAGCCGCAGAACAUUUCAUUCAUAGGCAACGCCGAAGACGACGCUCUAAGACAAGGAAUCAACAGACUGAACAUUUCAUCCGGAACGAGGACGUACAGAAUCCCCUCGCCGACCCGACCUUCUUUAAACCGAAAUUCCUUCCAACAAAUGGACGAGGAAAGUGAAAAGAACGAAAAAGGAUUUUAUAUCUCGUUCGAUAACGACCAGCCUAAAAGACCAAAGCCGCCGUUGAGGGCUAAAAGGGGGUCUCCCAAGAAGGAGAGGUCCUUCGAUACGCCGGACAGGAGUCCUGAGAACACGUGGAGUGAGAGGCUGGCGCCCGCGGAGGAACCUUUCGUGGUGCACAGGAGCUCAGAGACGGAGAACAGCCGCGCUAGUGACGUUUCCUCGCGAACAGAAACGACAACUAGAGACAGGCCUCGGGCCGCCAACGAACCCGCGGCUUUGGUCAUCGGGGAACUCACGCCGGAUCCGAACUCAGCGGAGGAGAUGGAGCGGAAGAAAGAGCGCAUAAUGCUGCUGUCCCUCCAGCGACGGCAGCGAGCGGACGAGGCGCGGGCGCGGGCGGAGACAGCCGCGGCCGCGAGGCGCGCGCGGCUCGAGGCCGCCGCAGACCUCAAGCUCGCCAGGAAGGAGGAGCAGGCCAGAAGAAGGGAGGCCAUUCUGCACCAGUACAAGUUGAAGAAGGCUAUCGAGGAGGCCGAGCGAGAGGGCAAAACGUUCGACAAAUCCGAGUUCAUGGAGAGCUUGAAAGGCGGCCCCUCCCCGGCGGGCGGCGGGGGCGCAGGGGGCGCUGGGGGCGCGGCGCCCCCGGCGCGGCGGGUCGCGCGCCCGGCGCCCCGCGCGCGCCCCAAGACCAUCCACGUGGACAGCGGGGCGCUGCACGCGGCCGAGGGCAUGCGACAGCCCUCCGCCACCAACCUCGCGGCCGCGAGCAGCAUGCGGCGCGACUACUACCGCGGCUCACAGGACAGCUUGGCCGAGCGCGCGGGCCUGUACAGGGGUUUGAACAUCUCAGAGAUGAAAUGUCUAAUGUAUAGAUUCAUGGCGGCCUCGUGUACCGUGACCCCGGUAGAGUCUCCGGUGGACGACCGCGGCGUGUCCCCCGGCUCCUCCGCGCUCGGCCGCCGCGGCUCCUGCAAGACUUCCAGAGAGCGUGUGAAUGAGGAACCUCAGUCGGCCCGUGGAAGGUCUAAGUAUUCCACUUACCAGAGUAACUUUAAGGCGGGAAGGAAGUCUAGCUCUCUUAUGAACUUGUGCGACUCGGGGUUGGGACGCGCGACGCCGCCGCGCCGCGCCGCGUCCCCGGGGCUCCGCACGCUGGGCUCGCCCGCCUCGGGCCCGGGGUCACUGCCCGGGGCCAUCGGCAAGCGGCGCCAGCCGCAGCACCACGACGAUAACUCGGACGUCUCCUCCACACAUUCCAGCAUUAUGGAUUAUUCUGCAAGCGAACGGAGUCAACGCAAAGGUCCUCGGUUAUACAAACAGCCCACAACAAAAUCCAAUCGAGGCAUCAUGUUGAACGCGGUGGAAUACUGUGUGUUCCCGGGAGCUGUGAACGCUGAAGCGAAAAGGAGAGUUUUAGAAGAAAUCGCGCGGUCUGAAAGCAAGCACUUCCUAGUUUUGUUCAGGGACGCGGGCUGUCAAUUCAGAGCGCUGUAUUCUUAUUGUCCUGAUUCGGAACAAGUCACGAAGUUGUAUGGAACGGGGCCUAAGCACGUAAACGAUAGGAUGUUUGACAAAUUCUUCAAAUACAACUCGGGCAGCAAGUGUUUCUCGCAGGUGCACACGAAGCACCUGACGGUGACGAUCGACGCGUUCACGAUCCACAACUCGCUGUGGCAGGGCAAGAAGGUGCAGCUGCCCAGUAAGAAGGACAUGGCGCUCGUCAUCUAACGCUAGUCUAGUCGCCGCCGGCACUCGAGUCAAACCCUCUUCGGUUACGCUAGUAGGGCAAUAGUGCCAGUGUCCAUUUUAAUUAGUGCAUUUCCUGGACCCGAGCUGUGUUAGUUAUUUUCGCUUGUUUAAGUGACGUCAGUUUCGCCGCGCCGUCGAACAGUCACGAUCGGCGCCUGUGUCAUAUUGUACAGUUAGGAAUGAUAGGGAGAGAAUCGAAUAUUUUAUUUCCCGUUAGCUUUGAUUUGUCCGGGUUAUUUGUGAUCAUGUUGAGUUGUGCCCGCGUUGCGUUGUAAUUUAUUCCUCGUGUCGAGCCGUGCUGUGGCGUCGUGAUGACGUCACCGGCGCAGCGUCGGGGCGCUUGUUGACGUAUGUGUGCGUUGCCGGUUUAGAUCGAUAUUCGAAUCGUGCUACUCAGUGUAUAAACGCAAUGUUUGCCAUAUGUAUUAGUGAGAUGGUCGAUACGUUCCAAAUUGUCUCAAAUUUUAUUAACAGCCAAACUGUCGGAUGUCUGGUCGUAUAAUUAGUUCACUAAAUUUUGAUGUAAACUAUUCUCACGUUAACAAGUUCACAAACUAACGUUGCUUAUUUGUUGUAAUAUUAACUCGUUAGUAAUUAUUUCAAUUUGACUGGAGUAAGAUUAAGGUUAUUACGUGUUUAACUGACCCUCAUUUAAUGUUAUUUUCAUUUCCAUUUUUUUACCGCUUGUAUAGCUAAAAUAAGACGAGGCACAUUUUACGUGGUAAUUGUACUGCCUUAUCCUGUAAAUAAUUGUUUUUUGUAUACAGCUAUUUAUUAAAAGAACGUUGAACGAGAAUUGAUGAAUAUCAUUUUUUCAUUGUUUAAUGAUUGAUCAUCAAUAAUAUACUACCGAUAGUAUAUGGUAUGCAAAUAUAUUGUAUUAUUAAAAAGCAUAACGAAAUAAUAUUGAAUUUCAUAUUA